UGUGUGUAUUUCCUCCCGUUCUUUAUCAGAGCCCCCGAAAUAAGUGGGAAUGGGUAGUGGCUGUUCACAUUCAGCACACCUUUUCCAUUUGCUAAUAAGGCCUUGCCAGGCUGGAAGGGAGUUGUCUCUGCCUGACUCUGGAGAGAAAAGCCACUGAGACGAUCCACGGGCACCAUGAAAUUCCUUCAAGUGACCAUCCUUUGUCUUCUUCUGCCCAGUCUUUGUAGCGGUAAAAAAGACACAGAUGUUAACAAUACAGCCACUCUUGUAUUAUCAACAACAACAUUUUCUGCGGCACAAACAUUUACAGCACAAACAACACCAACUACAAAGUCAAAUCCUGUUACAGAAUUGAUAGGUGGAACGUCUUCUACAGGAAUAAUCAGUAAGAAAUCCUUAAAUGCAUCUUUGGGGCCAACACAUCCUUCAUUACUGACAACAGUUAAAAGUGAAGGAACCACAACCAGUGAUGUCAUGAAGACUGAUUUCACUGGCACAGAUGUAACAGUGACAAAGAUUCCGCUUUUAAGUGCUACCUUAACAUUACAAAGUCCCCAACACAAGACUGAGAAUCAGAGUUUGAUCAAGUCAAAAGAAACACCAGCUAGCACUCUACAACCAGAUGCAUCGCCUUCUCAUACCAGUACAUUACUCUCAAUCUCAGUAACAAUUCCAGGAAACAUCUCCCAGUUUCAAGGUACUGAGGAUGCAAAAAAUGCAAGCUCUUCUUCAGCCAGCCCCUCUUAUUCCAGUGUCAUUUUGCCAGUGGUGAUUGCUUUGAUUGUAGUGACACUUUCAGCAUUUGUUCUUGUGGGUUUGUAUCGAAUGUGCUGGAAGGCAGACCCAGGCACACCAGAAAAUGGAAAUGACCAACCUCAGUCCGAUAAAGAGAGUGUGAAGCUUCUCACUGUUAAGACAAUUUCUCAUGAGUCUGGUGAGCACUCUGCACAAGGAAAAAGCAAGAACUGACAACUUGAUGAAUCCUCCCCACACCUGGGCCAUAAAUAUGCUUAAUCUUCAGCUUCUGUGCUCCAGGAAUAGGAAGGGAGAAAACUUUGUGGACUCAAUCCUGACUUCCAGAUCUGCUUUCCAGGCUGUGCCAGUCGCCUGUCCCAAUAGUGAUGUCCAGAUGGCAUGCAAUAAUUUCAUAGAAUCCAAAGGAAGCCUGGGCCUCUCCUGUCUUUUGAGAUGUGAACACAUUACCACAUUACCACAUUUUAUAGGAACAAUCUUAGGAGAUCGAGUUUUAGGAAGGACAUUUGUGAGCAGUUAACCUGACAGCUCAGGCAGGUGGGUUCAUGAUGACAUGACCUUCCUUUGAGUUUAAAGUUUCCAAAGUCGACAGUUCCUAUCCAUGGAGACUUCUCUGUUUUCUCAGUGUCCUUAUAUUACCUGAUGUUUGUAUUUAUUGUUUUGUACUAUGUUAAUGCAGGGAUAAUUUGCAAGUGUCUUAUUAAAUAUUAGGUAGAAAUCAUGCCAUGCCCCUUUGUACAUAAAGAUAUUUUAUUCAUAUUUUCAUGUGUUACUUUUAAUAAAUAAUUACAAUAUUCAACUCACUAAAGAUAUUGUAAUGUGACUGUGAAAAUGGCAAUGGUAUUGUUUUCAUAUAAUUAUGAAUAUCUAGGAGCUGAUCAUUUGAAUAUAAGAACUCACUAAUGAAAGACAUCUACAAUAAGUGAGAAACGAACAAAGGGUUCACGAAUCAGACUCCAUUAAAGGGAAGUUAGUUUCCCAUUUCUCUGGUUUUUCUAUUUGUAAUUCAUACUAUAUGACAAGGACAUAACGGCAUUUAUGAUGCUCUGUACUGCAUUCAUUAAGAUGAUAACAGGAUUGAGAUUUUUUGUAAUCCAUUUGGUUGACAGUGUCUGUGCAUUUUUAAUUUUUUCUGGAAAUGUAAUGAUGUGUUCUAGCAAUCAUUGUCAAAUCUCCAGUUUGUAGAAACCAACACUUCAUAAAUACAUAAUUAUGAUAUUA